AUGAGGUCGCUACUCACUUGCCUCGUGGCCGUCCUGGUCGCGGCGUGUGUCCGCGGGGACCGGUACCAUCCCGCGGACCCCGGCAGCCGAGCCGCUGCUGCCGCCGUUGUGAAUCGUGCCGAAACCUCCGCCAAUUACUGGGCCCAAGAAGCGCAGGCAGCGAUCAAUGCUCGGCUGGCGCACAAGGAGAGCGUCAAGAAAGCGCGCAACGUGGUCAUGUUCCUGGGCGACGGCAUGUCCGUGCCCACGCUCGCGGCCGCGCGGACGCUGCUCGGCCAGCGCCGCGGAGACACCGGCGAGGAGGCUAAAAUGCAUUUCGAAACAUUUCCCACUGUUGGCUUAGCUAAGACGUAUUGCGUGAACGCCCAGAUAGCAGACUCGGCGUGUACUGCCACAGCGUAUUUAUGUGGAGUGAAGACUACGUACGGGGUUAUUGGAGUGAACGCGGAGGUCCCGCGACGAGGCUGCGAGGCGUCCACCGACGCCAGCAGACACGUCGAGUCCAUCGCCGACUGGGCGCUGGCUGACGGCCGCGACGCUGGUAUUGUUACAACGACGCGCAUCACCCACGCGUCGCCAGCGGGCGUGUACGCCAAGGUGGCGGAGCGCGACUGGGAGCACAACCAGGCGGUGCAGGACCAUGGCUACGACACGGACCGCUGCCCCGACAUCGCGCACCAGCUCGUGCACAACCACCCGGGGAACAAGCUCAAGGUUAUAUUUGGCGGAGGAAGACGAAACUUUAUACCAACUGACGUACAAGACGACGAAGGAGAUUUUGGGCGCCGAACAGACAACCGAAACCUUAUCGAAGAAUGGCUGCAAGACAAGGAAGAUCGUAAAGUCACUAAUAAGUUUAUUUGGAAUCGUGAGCAACUGAUGAGCCUAAACGAUGAUCUUCCUGAGUACAUUUUGGGACUUUUCGAAAGUAGUCAUCUUCAGUACAAUAUGCAGGCUAAUGCCACAACUGAGCCCACGUUGACUGAGCUAACUGAGAUAGCAAUCCGGUCUCUAAGUAGAAACGAGAAGGGCUUCUUCCUGUUCGUAGAAGGUGGUCGCAUCGAUCACGCGCACCACGACAACUUCGUAGAGCUGGCGCUGGACGAGACGCUGGAGAUGGAUAAGGCUGUGGCACGUGCCGCCGAGCUGCUCUCUGAGGACGACUCGCUGAUUGUGGUCACAGCGGACCACGCCCACGUCAUGGCUUUCAAUGGGUACUCGAGACGUGGACAUGACAUCCUCGGCCCUUCCAGAGACUUGGACGAAAAAGGAGUGCCUUACAUGACGCUCUCUUACACUAACGGGCCCGGCUUCCGUGCGCAUGUGAACGGCGUGCGCCCUAAUGUCACCGCUGAGAGCGAUUACCGAACUCUAGAAUGGGAGGCCCACGUGGACGUUCCACUGGAAGAUGAGACGCACGGUGGAGACGACGUGGCUGUGUUUGCGCGCGGGCCGCACCACUCCAUGUUCACGGGGCUGUACGAGCAGAGCCAGCUGCCGCACCUCAUGGCGUACGCCGCCUGCAUCGGCCCCGGCAGACACGCCUGCAGCGCCGCCACGCAUGCGCUGGCACAGCCUGUCCUGCUACUCACUCUCUUUAUGCUACUCACUUCACUAUUCCAACAAUGA